CCCCGGUUCAGCUUUGAUGCCCCCUCUGUUGGGGUUUAGUGGCGUUUGGAAAGUUUUGGUGUUGGUUGUGGUCUCUUGUUUUUUUUGGCCUUCAGCUCUGUUUAGGUCUCUUAGUCUCUCUAGUUUGGGAACUUGGUCUCUGGAGGUAGUGUAACCUGCCAGCUUUGUUUUUAACAAUCGCUUCCUAUCACUGCUGUCGAUCUUCAUUAUGUGUGUGUUUUGGUUUGUUUAGAGUCAAUCCGUUGUUGAGUUAAGUUGUCCUUGCGUGGGUUUAAGCUGCCGUUUCGAAUGGGCUAUCUUAUUUUUAAAUCGCCCCUGCGUGGGCUAUAGUUGCCUUUCUUAUAGGCUUGUGUUUUGGGGUUUAGUUCGUUUGGUUGUCGGUCUUUGUAUGAACUAUGGUAUUUUGCAAUGAAUACAUUUCAAUUUGGGAAAAAAUGUAUAUAUGUAUUUCAUCAUUAUUAUUUUUAUUGUUUUUUUUUUCAACUGAACUUUAUUAUUUUAUUGUUAUGUGUUAUGUGAAAAAAGUAAAAAACAAAAAACAUAUGGCACAUUGACCAGAAAAAGUGGAAAAAAGAAGUUAAAAGAAAGGAGUGUGGGAGGGAGGUGGUAGGAAAGAGAUGGCUUCCUCUUCCUAACAUUGACCAACCCUCCUUUGUUUUCUUCUGAGAGUCAGUUGAGAGAAUACGUUAUGCGUUAACUCUGUAGACAAUUCUCUUUGGAAAACUACCUUCCUUCCUUCCUUCUUCCCUGCAGAGAGAGAAUCUCUGUCCCCCUCUCUCUCUCUCCUGCCUGCAACGUUGUUAGCGUUUCUAGAGAAAAAAAAACAAUCUCAGCGCUUCUUUUUUUUUCAGCCAAUGGGCUUCCUUUGCUUCGUUGGUUAACCGAUUCGAACCGAAAGCAAAGCAAAGCAAAGCAAAGCAAAGCUCACGUCAAUGGAGUUUACGACGGAGGCUGGGAUGUGCUCCGACGGUACGGUCCUAUCUCACGAUUCGUCUGGAAAUUUCGAGAUCGAUGGGCUUACGACGGAGGCCGAGGUCGCUGAUCUCGCGAUGGUGGGGGAGGAGGGAUCUCAGGAGACGACACAAGUGAAGAAGCCUCGGGCUGGUAGGAUGACGAGGAAGCGAUCUCGGAAUGACAGCUCUGAGGUAAAUGUGAUGAGAGACGUUGAUUUGAAUGAUAGAGUUGCCGAGGAGGAGGAGGAGGAGGAGGAAUCUAGGGUUAGUGAUUGCUUUGGUUUGAGAGGGAAUGUUGAUUUGAAUAGUGGUCCUUUGGAAACCCUAGGUUUGGAUUUGAAUAGAGCGGUGACGGAACGUAAAGAUGGUUUGGAUUGGAAUUUGAAUGAUGGUUUAGGUUUGGUUAAUGUGAGCAUCGGUUAUGAGGAGGGUUCUAGUGUCCGAAGGAGGGGGUUUAUCGAUCUGAACAUGGAUGCGAGCUGUGAGGGAGGAUUUGAUUUGAACUUGGAGGUUAACAUGGAGAACAACAUGCAAAGUCAACAAGGAGAGUAUAAAGAAGUCCAUGUUGCUGAAGUAACCAGCGUUCAGCUUUUGGAGGAGAUACGGAAGCAGGACGAUGUUUCACUUCAGGAUCUGAAUACUCCUGACUCUAAUGGGGCUGAUCCGGAUCUUGAUCUUUCUGAGCAUGAUGCUAAGACUGUUGUUGAGUGUCUUUCUGAUAGGGAGGUUUCAGAUGAAUAUACAAGUGGUAGGAGGAAGAGGAGGAAAGCCUCAGUGAAUCCAAAUUUCACGAGCCAACCUCGGUUGAGAAGAAGUGCUCGUAGAGCGUUAGCUCGAUUUCCUGCCGGUAGCUCUAUUACAGCUUGCUUAGUUGAUGAAGUAUCUCCUUCUCCGUCAGUUAGUAGUCUGACAGACGAGAAAACUUGGGUUGUUGAUGGAAAAGCUGAGAAUAUUUCUGUACCUCCGCCAAAGGCAGAGUUACCUCCAUCCUCGCGUAUUUUGAAUUUAGAUGGUCUUCCCAUUCUUAAUGUCUUUUCUGUUUAUUCGUGCCUGCGGUCCUUCAGUACUUUGCUGUUUUUGAGUCCCUUUGAGCUGGAGGAUUUUGUGGAAGCGCUGAGGUGCAUGUCUCCUAGUCUGUUAUUUGAUAGCAUCCAUGUUUCUGUUUUGAAAAUAUUAAGAAAACAUUUGGAGAACCUCGUUGCUGAAGGUGAUCUGUCUGCAAUUGCUUGCCUGAGGAGUCUUGACUGGGAUAUGUUGGAUGUGGUUAAUUAUCCCCUUUUUGUGGUCGAAUACCUACUGUUUUCUGGUUCUAAGGACAACCCUGGAGUGGAUCUAACUCGGUUUAACUUUUUCAAAAGUGAAUAUUUCAGACAGCCCAUGAAUCUGAAAAUUGAGAUACUUGCCCGUUUGUGUGAUGAUAUGACAGAUACUGAAGUCGUGAGAUCAGAGCUUAAUAAAAGAUCUUUUGCAGCUGAGUCUGAAAUGGAAAUUGAUAGGAAGAGAAACACAAAAGUGCGACGCAGAAAACGAUCUAUGAUUGAGCUGGGAGAUGAUUCUUCUUUAAAUGAUGAGGCCGUUGAUGGCUCGUUUGACCGGAACAGUGACGAUUGUUGUCUUUGCAAAAUGGAUGGGAACUUACUGUGCUGUGAUGGUUGUCCAGCUGCCUAUCAUUCUAAGUGUAUCGGUGUUGCCAGUCACCUUUUGCUUGAGGAUGACUGGUACUGCCCUGAAUGUUCAUUUGACCAGCGUGUACCAGGAUGGAAGCCUGAAAAGCAAAUUCGAGGAGCAGAGUUUCUAGAGAUUGAUCCCCAUGGCCGACAGUACUACAACAGUUGUGGCUACUUGUUGGUGAUAGAUACCGAUGGCACAGGCUCAGUGAACUACUAUCAUGUGAAUGAUGUGAUCCUUGUACUGGAGCAGCUCAAGUCAUGCGGUAGUUUGUAUAUUGGAGUAAUAGGUGCAAUUAAAAAGCACUGGGAUUUCCCUGCUGGGCUGAAAAGAGCAAUCCGCGGUGUGAAUUCACAGAUAUCCGUAUGCUUGGAUACGCCAGCCAAAGGAAUUAGUUCUUCUAUUGAUGGGUUUAUGGCUCCUCUACCAGCUCCAGAAAAACAGCCAACAUCUGGCGUUAAGGAAAAGCUUGAAGAAGGAUCCAGUAAUGGAAGUUCACAAAAUCAUUGUCAUAGGACUCGUCGGAAGAUAUCAAAUUCAGGCACUGGACUAGAUAUCCUUAAUAUGAGUUCUGAAGGUUCUGCUGAAACUGUACAAAAUGGUUCUGAUGUCCAGAGUCUUCAUGAGCCAGGACCAUCGAGCAUUUUGGAUGUCAUGAAAGAGCCAGAUUCGAAUAUCCAUUCGUCUUCCCAUCAUUUGGCUAGAAUGAACACAAGGAAAGGAAUUAGACCGAAUGUUCAAAGCGAAUCAAGCUAUAGAAAUCAGUACAUAUUUGCUGAGAUGACUACAUCGAUUUCUGAAGAGAUGAGGCGGAAGUCACCUAUCCGUACCAAUGAUAUGAGAUCUGACGAAGAGAUAGCUUCCGCCCAGGUGAAGACUAUAUUGAUGAAAACCACCAAAUUUCAAUGGCGACACAUCCAAGGCCUCUACCUGGAUGCGUGGAAAGAAAAAUGUGGAUGGUGUCUUCCUUGCCAAUCUGAGGAUGCCGGGAUCAAGACAAAUUGCUUGUUCAACAUGAGUCUCGGGGCUUUACGGGGUCCUUCGGAAAGUGAGAUUGCUAGCAGUCAAUACAUCGAUAAGAAAAGUCAUCUUAUGGCUAUCAUCUGCCAGAUAUUAUCCAUGGAAAGUCGAUUGCAAGGUCUUUUGGUUGGCCCAUGGUUGAAUCCACAGCAUUCCAGGAUUUGGCGUGAACACAUUCUGAAGGCAUCAAAUAUAUCAAGAUUGAGACAUUUAUUAGUUGAAUUAGAGGCGAAUUUGCAUCAUCGUGUUCUUUCAGUUGAGUGGCUAAACCAUGUCGAUUCUGCCAUAGAAAUGGGCUCAUCGAGACAUAUUCUCAUUGCGUCGACACGAUCAUCGUUAAAGACUGCUAUUGGUAAAAGAAGGGGCCCAUUGUUGGAGUCUGGGGUUAAUCCUGCUGCAAAGAAAAAAGGUGGAUUGAGCAUGUGUUGGUGGAGAGGCGGCCGACUUUCACGGCCAUUGUUCAACUGGAAGGUUUUACCUCGUUCUUUGGUCUCUAAGGCUGCUAGACAAGGGGGGAGUAUUAAUAUACCAGGUAUACUGUAUCCUGUGAAUUCAGAGCCUGCUAAGAGAAGCCGACGUGUUGCCUGGGAAGCAGCUGUUGAGUCAUCUACGACUUCAGAGCAGCUGGGUUUUCAGGUGAGGACAUUCCACUCUUACUUAAAAUGGGAUGAUAUUGAAAACAGUCAUCUUCUUCCUGCAUCGGACAAAGAAUCUAAAAAGUCUGCAAGGCUGUUUAAAAAAGUGAUUGUCCGUCGGAAGUGCGUAGAGGAAGAUACUGUGAAAUAUCUCCUUGACUUUGGUAAAAGAAGAAAUGUUCCGGAUGUUGUGUUGAAGCAUGGUCGCAUGAUUGAAGAAUCCUCGAGUGAAAGAAAAAAGUUCUGGGUGAAUGAAUCAUAUGUGCCUUUACAUCUUCUCAAAGGAUUUGAAGAGAAAAAAGCUGUACGAAAAACUGUGAAGUCAGGAAGCUCUUACAGACACACUGAGAUAGAAAAAGUACGGAAAAAGUCCUCAAGGGGAAAAGGAUUCUCAUACCUAUUUGAAAGGGCAGAAAGAUCGGAAUCUUCUUUGUGUGAACAUUGUAAGAAAGAAGUGCCUUCGAGUGAUGCUGCGGGCUGCCACAUCUGCAAAGGAUUAUUUCACAAAAAGCAUAUCAGGAAAGCGGACAAGGAAGGCAUGUACAUUUGUCUUCCAUGCAGGAGUGUAGUGCAAGCAAAAGAACAACCCAGCGGACGGAAAAGAGGGCGGCCCCCAGGCAGUUUCCGUAAAAAAGUUCGAGUUCAGAAACAAACGCAUAAAAAGGUCAUACCUGCUCGAAAAUCAACUCGGCUAAAGAAGACCAAAACGUCUCUGGGAGAGAGAAUAUCCGUUAGGUUAAAGAAUCAUAAAAAGGUUGUUGCAAGCAAACCAUUGCGGCGUUCAGGCAGGAGACCAGAGCAUGUUACUCGGCUGCAGGAUGAAAGUACAGUUCCUGGAGAGAGUAAGAAACGGAAACUGGAAACCAAAAGAGGAAGAGGCAGAGGCAGGCCUAAGAAAGCAAAACAAGAGAUUUCCAUAAGAAAGAAGAGAACAAAAAGAGCCUUAAGCUAUUGGUUGAAUGGACUGCUCUUAUCCAGAAAACCUGGUGAUGAACGGGUCGAUAAGUUCCGGAGAGGCAGAUAUUUUAAACCUAUGGAGAACUCGGAUUCUGAUCAUGACCAACCUAAGUGUCGUUUAUGCGGCCUGAUCGACUCUGACUCUGGAUCAACCUUCAUCUCUUGCGAAAUGUGUAAAGAAUGGUACCAUGAAGAUGCAUGUGGGAUCAACGAGAAGAAUUCAAGUAUGGUGACUGGAUUCCGGUGCAAUCUCUGUCGAGAACAGUUACCUCCUCCCUGUCCACAUGAGAUCUCUACUACACCUCCUGUCCCAUCCUAAGCUGUGAAUUUGUGAAAAUUGAUAGAAUAUUCUUAGGCUGGGAAUUAAGUUGGAAGAAUCAGAUAGGGCUUAGAUGUGUCUUGGAGAUGUCUAUAAAAUUAAUGGAGUAGAGUAUUGAGUAGAGAAUCAAGGAAAAGCAGAGACAGAGGAGGGAACUGAUUAGUAUGAAGUUAGUUUGGCUUGUUGGGACUGUUAACUUGGAUGAGUUGACUUAGGAUUAGAAUAAACAAAGAAGGGGGAUUCAUAAGUUGAUUUAUUAUAUGAUUUAAAUUUGCUUUUCAGAAUGGAGUCAGUAAACAAGUUAAUGUAUGUAAAAGAAUAUUUUAUUUUCUAUCGAAAUCCAUUGAUACUGA